UGCUUUAAUCCAAUCUACAAAUCUCUCUGGAUGGGAUUCCCACAGUACCAGACCUGAAUUCAAACUUAUUGAAGAGAUUGUCAAGGAUAUUUUGAGGAAGUUGAACUAUGUGUCAUCAUCUCAUCUUGAAGGACUCAUUGGUAUUGCUCGACAUGUUAGAAACAUUCAGAGGCUUCUAAUUGAGGCCCGCAUUGUGGGAAUAUGGGGUAUGGGUGGUGCUGUAGUGGCAGAUUUAACCAAGGUACUUGAUUGGUUUGGAGAAGGAAGUAGAAUUAUUAUCACAUCAAGGGACAUGCAAGUGCUGAAGAAUGCUUUUACGACAUUUUCAGCAUAUCAUGUUCUGGAUUUGAAUUUUGAAGAUGCUUUUCAUCUCUUCAAUUUGAAAGCAUUCAAGCGAGAUGAGCCAUCUAAGGGUUACAUGGAGUUAUCAAAAUCAGUAGUGAAAUAUUGUCACGGAAACCCAUUAGCCCUAGUAGUGCUGGGUUGCUUCCUUUAUGGCAGACAAAAAGAAGAGUGGGAAAGUGCUUUGGAAAAACUAAGUCAAGCUCCACCCAAGGACAUUGUUGAUGUUCUGAAGUUGAGUUUCGAUGGACUUGAUGACAAACAGCAAAAUGUGUUUCUUGACCUGGCAUUCUUAAUCAAGCAAGGAGUUCAUAUUUCUUUGAACCUAUUGAGACAAUUAUAUUGUUCUUCUAUGUAUAUUGAGAUAAGUGUUCUAAGAGAAAAGUCCCUCGUUUCAUUUAAUGAUCAUAAUGAUUUCAUUGAGAUGCAUGAUCUUCUGAGGGAAAUGGGCCUUGAAAUUUCAAGCCAACAAUUAUUCUCUGGUCGUAAAACACAUGUUCGACUAUGGAGGCAUGAGGGCAUUUAUCACUUUUUCCACAAUGACCAGGCGAUUGAGGCAAUUCGAUGCAUGUCGUUGGAUGCAAGCAAGAUAGAAAGCAUCACAUUGACGGCUAGUAAUUUUCGAAGGAUGCAUUAUUUAAUGUCCCUUCAAGUUUACAAGUCAGAUUGGGGGAAGCCUUCAAAGUUGAAUAUUUGCGAACCGUUGGAUUAUCUUUCUAAAGAAUUAAGGUUUCUUAGUUGGGCAGAAUAUCCACUACCAUCUGUGCCAUUACAAUUUUGUGCUGAAAAUCUCAUUAAACUUCAUUUGCCUGACAGUAAUAUCCAACAGCUUGGGGAUCAGCAAUUUCCAAAUCUAAGGAGAAUAAAUCUACAGUAUUCAAAAAAUCUCAGGGCACUCCCAGAUUUGUCUCAAACCCCUAAGAUUGAAAGUAUGAUUCUUCAUGGUUGCGGGAAGUUAGGCCAAAUCCAUUCUUCGACUAUCCCGAAACAGAAUGUCUAUUUAUUUAUAGAAGAUUGUGGGCCGAUGCAGAUAAAUUUCAUCUAG